AUUCUCCUCUCAGUUUCUCAUUUCCAAAGAAGAAGAAGCAGAAGUAAGACGUCAAGAUGCGUUUGGGCCAAACUAUUCCCAACUUUACAGCCGACACCACCAAGGGGCCGAUCAAGUUCCACGAAUGGCAGGGCAACCAGUGGGUGGUGCUGUUCUCUCACCCCGCUGACUUUACGCCCGUGUGCACCACGGAGCUGGGGAGGAUUGCGGUGCAUCAGCCGGAGUUUGCCAAGCGGAAUACCAAGUGUUUGGCGCACUCGGUGGAUGCUCUGAACUCGCAUGUGGACUGGGUGAAUGACAUCAAGUCGUACUGCCUGGACAUUCCCGGCGACUUUCCGUAUCCCAUAAUUGCCGAUCCCACACGUGACUUGGCCGUAUCCCUGGGCAUGCUGGACGAGGAGCAGAAGAAGGAUCCAGAAGUGGGCAAGACAAUUCGCGCUCUCUUCAUCAUCAGUCCCGAUCACAAGGUCCGUCUGUCCAUGUUCUAUCCCAUGUCAACUGGUCGCAAUGUCGAUGAGAUCCUUCGCACACUUGACUCCCUGCAACUUGUGGAUCGUGUCAAGGUGAUUGCCACACCUGCCAACUGGACUCCAGGCACUAAAGUCAUGAUUCUGCCCACUGUCAGCGACGAGGAGGCCAACAAGCUGUUCCCCAAGGGCUUUGACAAGGUAUCGAUGCCAUCAGGUGUCAACUAUGUGCGCACCACUGAGAACUAUUGAUAGAUUUGUAACCUUGUUAAACUUCCUAGAAUUAAGAAAAUACUUUCCAAAUAUUCGAAUGUGCCGUAUAAAUUGAAAGACAAAGAAAAAUAUU